CCACAUCUUUUCAACUUCACUCUCCACACCACCACCCACCCACACACAACAAACUUAUUCACAAUGGCUCCCAAGUCCGUCGCUUCCAAGGCCCCCGCUUCCCAGGCUUCCAAGGCCCCCGCCGCCGCCUCCAAGGCUCCCGCUAAGGCCGCCAAGACCUCCGCUGCCCCCAAGGACGGCUCUAAGAAGAGGUCCAAGAAGAGGGUUGAGUCUUACGCCUCUUACAUCUACAAGGUCCUCAAGCAGGUCCACCCCGACACUGGUAUCUCUAACAAGGCCAUGAACAUCCUCAACUCUUUCGUCUCUGACAUCUUCGAGCGAAUUGCCACCGAGGCCUCUAAGCUUGCUUCUUACAACCACCGAUCUACCAUCUCUUCCCGAGAGAUCCAGACCUCUGUCCGACUUAUCCUUCCCGGAGAGCUUUCCAAGCACGCCAUCUCUGAGGGUACCAAGGCCGUCACCAAGUACUCUUCUUCCAAGUAAACGGUGGUCGUGUCGCGGUUGUAGUAGCUUUCUUGUACAUGUGCGCUAGAUGCUAGUGUCACAACCUUUUAUACUUCGUCUUCGCUAGCUCUAUUUGACAUGAAUUGUCCAAUUAUCCAUCCACC